AUGGCACAGAACAAUGAAGAGAUUAAAAAACUAGAAGCUCCGUCGACAAAUGACACGAAAACCUUAUCAAGAGUUGCACCCAUCCAACAUGCCGUAUGUGAUCAUGGUGAGAUCAAUGAGAAGAGUACGAAGGAAGAUUGCGCAGUAAACCGAGCUUCACUAGUCAAAACAAGUGUGUCGUCAAAAAGAGUCUCAAGAACUUGGAAAGUUCCCAAAUAUUCAAAGAAGCUGCCUGGGUCAGAUCAGGAACAUCCCGGAUUCAAUCUUGAUUAUAUGCAGCCCACUACGCACCCACCUCAUCAUAAUUAA